AGGCUUGACUGGCUUUAAGCUGUACCAUCUUUCUGGAAACAGCAGCUGCUUGCAUUUGCAGUUUUAUGGAUGUCAACCAAGCAAGAUAAACGAGCAGGAAAAUGAAGACUAUGUUGCCUUUCUUAUCAUUAAAUGGCAAAAGAGAGGAGACUCUGAAAACACAUUAUUCUUGACAAUACCGUGCAACCACGGAGAAAAACGUUAUAAAAAAACCUUUGGUAUGAAACGCAGCUGAUAAUAGGCUAUGCUGCAGUUCAUCUCUGCACUCAUACUCGUUUCGUCGGAAAUGGGAGCACUGUUCAAAUAUUCGCAGGUGGUUUUUAAAUUUUGUUAUAUCGUCUCUUCGUUUACCUGUGCGUGCACCUAUACUCUCGAAUUCAAAAUCUAAUGAAUCCCUUUGGAUACCCAGCAUGUCUUCAAGGAAGAUUUCAUCGGAAUCAUUUAGCUCAAUGGGAUCUGACUAUCUGGAGAGCCCCGACGACGGAGAGUGUCCCUUCUCGCGGGUAUUCUGGAAUGGGAAGAGCCCAGUGGAGUCCCUCUCUUGUCCGUUUGAAGACGUUGGGAUAAAGCGAACGACGAGGCGAAAACGCGUGAACCUGGACUCGCUCGGGGAGAGCUUGAGGAGGCUCACGUCUCCGACGACUCAGACCAUACAGCUUGCUCUGCAGAGAACCGUGGAGGUAUACAAACAGAGGGAGAUCAGACGUAACGAAGAUGGGAAAGGCGAGAAAGGAGUGUCUGAAAGAUGUCCCUACUUGGAUUAUUCAGGCUCUGAAGAGGAAGCGGAUAUCUCAGGAAUUCUACAGUACUCUGCCACGCUACUUGGGGUGCGGUUCGAGGAGCUGCGCGAGAGCUUCGGGGAGGAGCUCUUCGGCCUGUGCUUCGAGGAGAACGAGCGGGUCCUGCGGGCGGUCGGCAGCAACCUGCAGGACUUCUUCAACGGCUUCGACGCCCUGCUGGAGCACCUGCGCGCAUCGUGCGGCCGGCGGGUCUCCGCGGAGUCGCCCUCCUUUCUAUGCAAAGACGCCCCUGAGGAGGGGGGCCUGCUGCUGCUCUACUCCCACCCCACGCCCGCCGUCGGGCUGGCCAUGCCCGGCCUGAUCCGGGCCGCCGCCCGCCGGAUCUACCACAUGGAGGUGGAGGUGCAGGAGGCCUCGCCCGCGGGGGACUCAUCUUCCUCCUCCUCCACCUGCCCCUCCUCCUCCUCCUCCUGCCUGUCCUUCCUCAUCAAGGUGACCCGGCCCUCCGCCAGCCCCAAGCCCCUGCCCCUCAAGCUGUCCUGCUCCCCGCCCGACCUGCGCAUCGGCCUGAGCACCUUCUGCCGGGCCUUCCCCUUCCACCUGGUCCUGGACCCCGGCAUGGCCAUCCUGCAGCUGGGAGAGGGCCUCCGCAAGCAGGCCAAGUGCGAGCCCCACCGGACCCUUAACUUCCGCGACUGCUUCGAGAUCGUCUCUCCCCGCAUCGCCUGCUCCUUCCAGGCCAUCCUGCUCCGACUCUCCACGCCCUUCACGAUACGCACCAGGCCAGACAACACGGGCCUGGACACCAAGGAGAAAGUAAUGGAGAUAAAGGGCCAGAUGAUCCACGUCCCAGAGUCCAACUCCAUCAUGUUCCUGGGCUCCCCGCGGGUGGACAAGCUGGAGGAGCUGAUGGGGCGGGGCCUGCACCUGUCGGACAUCCCCAUCCACGACGCCACGCGGGACGUGAUCCUGGUGGGCGAGCAGGCCAAGGCGCAGGACGGGCUGAAGAAGCGCAUGGACAAGCUGAAGGCCACGCUGGAGCGUACGCACCAGGCGCUGGAGGAGGAGAAGAAGCGCACCGUGGACCUGCUCUACUCCAUCUUCCCCGGCGACGUGGCCCAGCAGCUGUGGCAGGGCGAGGUGGUGCAGGCGCGUAAGUUCGAGGACGUCACCAUGCUCUUCUCCGACAUAGUGGGCUUCACGGCCGUCUGCGCCCAGUGCACGCCCAUGCAGGUCAUCAGCAUGCUGAACGAGCUCUACACGCGCUUCGACUACCAAUGCGGCGUCCUCGACGUCUACAAGAUUGAAACGAUAGGCGACGCCUACUGUGUGGCGGGCGGUUUGCACAGGAAGAGUGACAGCCACGCCAAGCCAAUCGCACUCAUGGCCCUGAAGAUGAUGCAGCUCUCCGAGGAGGUGCUUACACCUGAUGGGAAACCAAUCAAGGUGAGCAGACUUUCCACCAUUUUUUCUCUAGUCGUUUCGGUCAGCAAAAUUUGUACUCAAACCAGCUCCCCUACUCAUCUCUCUCUCUCCCCCUUCCCUCCCUGCCAGCUUCGGAUUGGGAUUCACUCUGGAUCCGUCUUGGCUGGAGUCGUCGGGGUCAAGAUGCCGCGGUACUGCCUGUUUGGGAACAACGUAACCCUGGCUAGCAAGUUCGAGUCUGGGAGCCACCCGCGGCGCAUCAAUGUCAGCCCCAGCACGCACCAGUUGCUGCACGACGACCGGGCCUUCAGCUUCAUCCCGCGAUCCCGCCAGGAGCUGCCUGACAACUUUCCCAAGGAGAUCCCGGGAAUCUGCUAUUUCCUGGAGGCGGGAAACUCCCAAAGCCAUGGGUCCCUGGCCAGCAGCCGGUCCAGCUCGACCGCUCCCAUCCGGAAGGUCUCCUACAGCAUCGGCACCAUGUUCCUCCGGGAGACCAGCUUAUGAGACAGACAGCCAGCCUCGCCAACCAUCAGGGGGGCCAUCACGCCUGGCCUUCCCUGGGCAAGCCACUACUGUCAGAGACAGUAAGCAGCUAGCAGGUAGUCUGAACAGUGGGGAAGGGAGAACGAAUGAACAUGUAGAAGUUACAGGAGAAAACAACAACAAUAACAAAAAUGAAGCCUUCUGCCCUACAAACGUGUCAAACUCCAUCUGAGUACUUCACUCACCGCAUAGCAGUUGUAAAAUAUUAUUUGCAUAAUUUGGUGCCUUCUAACCCUCUACAGCGGGAGUGGUCAGGGGGAUUCUUCAAGCACACCCCCUCGCCUCUGGUCCUGCUGUCUGUCCAGGCUGCCUGUCUGUCCAGGCUGUCUGCCUGUUUAUCGCCUCCACUUGUUUAUUUAUUUUAUUAUUUUGGGGUGGAGCUACAGGGGGGAAUUUGAAUCGCAUGGGGUCAGCUUAAAAUGUUCAGCUUUUUUGUUUGUUGGUUUAUUUGUUUUUUUUGUUUGUUCCCAUGGUUCCUUUAAGCGUGGCAUUGGGUGUGGCCCAUAGAAACUCAAGAAAGGCCAGUAUUAGUAGGGACAUAAGCCAAAUCCAAUGGCAAAUUUACCCGCCCUGUGUGACGUUGUAAUGUUAAGGGGAUUGAAUUGUAAACCUCUGGACAGGAACAGUUUGUGCCAUUACUGUUUGCCGUGCCUGAGAUUGAAUAAACCCCAGCGGCCCUGGUGAAAUGAUAUUACAGCGUAAAAAACAACUGUGCCAUUUGUGUCUAAACAAUAUUAGCAUCUCUGUUGCUUUGCCACAGGCCGUGAUUCCCGCGGCUACUGCCACUCGCCCCACAUAGAAAUCCCCCUCGGUUUCUGGGACAAACCCACCCCAGAGAUCCAAUUAAACGGAUCUUUUCCCUUUAUUUUAGCUACAGUAUGCAGUAGCUGUAUGCACUCUGCAAAAUUGCUUUUUGAACUUUGUAGAAAAGGCUGCUGAAACAUUGUGAAGCCCUAAUUGAUCCUCCCUUUUCACUGUAAUGAAUGGGACUACAUGUGCCUGGUGUUACUGCGUGAGAACCAAUGCAUUUUCUACACUUACCUGAAGUGUCAAUAUCUAUGAGACUGAUACCGAGAGACAGAGUCAUAGAUCUUUUGGUCAAGAUCGAUGCAUUUCUUUCAGGAGGUUAUGAGCUGCAGGAGGAAAAGUGGAAGUUAUUGUUUUCUGACAUAUUUAUUAUUAUUUGUAGUUGAGGUUAAUAUGUCUCAUCCGGUGGGAUUUGUGCUUUAUUUGUUCAGGAUUGGAUUUCUUCAAGAUGGCAUUGAAGGUCAGGUUCAGAAAGCACAAUGCUAUUUCACAUUCUACCCCACGAUACCUGCACCUCAAAAUAUCCUACACAUUCAUCCCAUUGAGUGAUACUCCAAGCCAGAUUACGCAACCAGGCUAUUCCUGUCUCCAUGGUAUGCAUCAUAAGACUGAAUGUAUUUUACUUUUCUAAUCUAAACCACUUUUCUCCUUGUCAUGACUGCAGAUAUACAUAAAUGAACAAAUUAAUACAAUUUUAUUCCUCAUAAUGACACAGACUAUCUCUCUAGCAAGAAGUAUUCAGAAAUUGAGAAAAUUAGAGCUCAUUAGGUUUAUGGCCCUUACAGCUAAUGUACUGACAGAAAAAAUAUUGGAGUCCUUAAAAACUUUGAAUACAAAAUCUAUCUAUAAUAAUCUCAUUUUUCCUGGAGAUAUCAUGUUAGCGAUAAGAGAACCCCAUGCUGUUCCACAGAUGACACAGAGACACACUUGAAAAACUGAAGUCACUGCAACAUGAUGUUCAAAAUCUCACAUUUUACUUGGUUUUUCAUCGUAUCAACAGACAUGAAAACUGAUUAGAGAGAGCUAUGCCUUCAACAUAAUUUCCUGGAUUUGCAAUGAUGCGAUUAAAAAAAGGCCUUAAUUGUCGAUUAAGUCAAAGCAUAUCAACGAGGAAUGAGGAGAACAGUAUUAGACAUUAUACAGUAAAAAAUAUGGAAGAUUGAAUUAAAACAAACAUUUGAGGCAUCACCUAAACACUGUUCAACAGCCAAACUUUUUAGUACCAAUAUAAAACAACAACAAAUAAUAGAAACAGUAUCCUGUGCCUGUUUUGGUCCCAACACUUUCAGUGUAGGUCAGUGUAGCAUUGCACACAAGCAGAAGCAGACAGCAGUUACUUUUGGCUUGACGUUCUGACUUCUGACUAUCAUUUGGCUUACAUUUUUGACUGUACUGGUUUAUAUAUCUAUAUGUUUAUUAUCAAUCAUAAAUAAAUAAUGAUGUCAUAUCUAUAGCAGCAAUAUGAAAAAGCUUACUGCUGUGUAGAUCUUUGUCCCUCUGUCAGAGAUGGAGACAUGCUGUAAAAUAACAUUGUACAAUAUGACAUUUGUAUACUGUACCAUCUGAAGUUUUAAGCAAUAAGUGAUAAUGUGAUAAGCGACAAAGAAUAUACCAUAUGUAUCCUUUAAUUACUUGCAUUCUCUCCUGUUCCUUGAUGAUAGCUCAAUGGAAAUAAUAUGAAUGUGUGUGUAUUAUUUAGCUGCGUAAUUCCCCCCCUGCUAGAGUGUGCAAUGUGGAAAAGAGGAAAAGUUUGUCAGCAACAGGCAGCCACUAGCUACACUUGUGUUCCACUUGAGCUGAACAAACAAUGGAAAUGCCAAUGUGAAGUCCAGUAAUAGGGUGUUGGGCCAGCAUGUGUGACCAGUACAGCCUACAUGCGAUGUGGAUUAGCGUCUUCUAGCAUGUUGUAUCCUGCUGAAGGAAUAUGUCACCCUAACCCUAACUCUUCUGCAGGGAAGUCGAUCAACUCAUGCUUAGUUGAUGGCAGUGUGUAACAAGGAUACCUUAGCAUAUACUGUGUUAUAAAUGGUUGACUGUGAUUGGAUCUGGUGAAUGAGAUGGUGGUCACAUGGAUAGCAACAGUGUCAUGCUCACAAAACUACUGGAUGACAACUGUACUCUGUGAAUGCAGGCAUUUUCCCUGCAGGAAGGAAAUGACCAUAAGGCUUGCCUGGCAUCACACUUGCCUGUCAGGGUCUGGAGGCACCCAUGCCAAGAAAAUGAGCUCUACAACUUUACAAACCACCAGAACUUGUCACAGUUUGAAUGCACUCAUGUUGUCAGUCAUGGUCCACCGCCCAUACAUUAAGCAUGUUAACAUUCUGAACACAACCUACUGUGGUUCUAGAUGAUCUGUAGAAAAAUAAAGCAAUCACUUUAACUAUGCUGCAUAUUUGCAAGAAUGAGUCUUUACUGGUUAAAACCCACAUUUAGUCCAAUAAUAUUUUUCUAUAGCUUGUAAUAAAGCUAACAUCACAUUUUCUUUUUGUUGUUGAUUAACAAAAUAAUGAGUUAGUGAUGAAAAGUGCAUAAAAAUAAUACUGAUAAAAUACUGUCAGUGAGUGACUUUAUUAGGUAGAUCUGUACACCAGCUUGUUAAUGCAAAUAUUUAAUCAGCCAAUCAUGUGGCAGCGACUAAAUGCAUAAAAAACAUGCAGAUAUGGUCAAGAGGUUCAGCUGUUUUUCACACAAAAUGUCAGAAUGCUGACAGGAAGGUGACAGUAAAGCAAAUAACCACACAUUACAACAAUGGUAUGCAGAAGAGCAUCUCUGAUCACACAACAUGUCAAACCUCUAAGUGGAGAGCAGCAGAAGACUUCAUAAGUCUAAUAAUGACCAAAUAAAGUGUUCACUGAGUGUAUAAACACUUACAUUUAAAAAUUAAAUUUUCUUUGCCCCUUAAAAAUUGAACACAUAUUUUAAAUACUAUUGUUUAAGAAUUAAUUACUUAUGAUUAUGCAAUUAAUUAUUCUAAUUUACUGAGAAUAAUGUGUAUAUUAAUAUAUUUUAAUACUAUUAAGUAAAAAUACAUAAAUUAUAACUAUUUGUAUUUGUGCUUUGCCCGUGAAAAUCAGAUUUAAUCUGGGCCUAAAUGCAGGAUUCAAUGAAACCACAAUCAUCGUUUUAACAGAAAACCAAAUAAAUCCAAAUAAAUAAAUAAAUAAAUCCUGUUAGAUUUAGUACUAUAUUAUGAAAAUCCACCUGAGUAUAAUUGAAUUGCAUUUCCCCUAAAGACAUCUUGACCAUUAUCGCUAAAGACGAUCGGUUUACCCCAUAGGACCUCAUGCUGCUCUGUGUUGUGCAUCUGUUCAGUGUGUCAUAAACUGUAUGACAUCACAAAAUCUGCAUUUCUGUCCAGUUCACUGGUGACUUCCAGUGUGGCACUCUCACGCCUGUCCUCUAUGAAAGGUUUAGAGGCUCCAUAUGCAUUUGUUACACCAUUCACUGUAUGAAAUAGUUUGUUCUUUGUCAUCAAUAGACUCCUUUUAUGCGGGUUGAGAUGCUAAAAAUAUUGAAACUGAACAUUCCAGAAAAUGUGUUAUCUGUGCCACCUAGCUAUUGGUCCUACCCGCAGAAUUAAUGUAGACUUACUGUUUUCUGUCAGCCAUUAAGUGUCACUACACCUGUGAUAUUUCUGUGUCAUAGGCACCUUAUGAAAAGUGAUAUCAAAUUCUGAUUAAGGAAUAUUUUAUGUCAUGGAUUACAGUAUUAAUACAGGUAUAGCAUUUAUCUGCACUUUCACAUGCAAUUCCAUGCAUAUACGUAUUAUGGACUGUACAAACAUAUGAAUUACAAUACAGACCACAUGUAUGGAAUGUCUGGAAGUGAUCAUAGCUAGUUCCUUGUUAUACCAUGUAUAAAAUAAUUUUUGUAGGGGUACCAUGGCGCAUGGAAGGGAUCUUGUUUGUCAUGAACCAGGUGAUGAACCAGGAAAUAAUAUGUAGGACCAAAUCUUAUUCCAGUAAUUCAGCAUUGUUAUUUUGGUAUGUAUGUGACAGUUUAAAGGGAAAAAGUGUAUUUGUUUGCCAAGUCUUAUUCUUUGGUGGCGGCUCCAAACAUUAUUUUAAUUUUCACAACAGGAGUUCUGAACCAAAUGACUUCAAAUGUGUAAAUUGUAAUGUAAUUAAGUACAGCCAUGUAGAAAUACCAUGCCUGUAUGAAAUAUGUACAAUUUAGAUAUAUUUCAUACUAUAUUGUAGAGGAAAUAUUAUACAGUAAAUAUAUGUCUGUUGUACUUCUUGGAGGAAAGAUCUCCAGUUUAUCUGAGCAAUUUUCCAAACUGCACACAUUCAUGUUUUUUCCUUUCUAUUUAUCUGUUUCUCAUGUAUCUCUGUCCAGACAUCUACAGAUUCCCCCUUUCAUGUAAGACAAUUGUGUGAACAGUAAAGCUGUAUUCUUCAAACGGUCAAACGGCGGUUUGAACAGACGGGAUAUAGUACCGUACAUUCAUGCAACCACGUAUGCUUACUAAGUGUAAAUAAAAAUCACCCAAUAUGUUUAAUAAAAUAAA